ACCAACUACUAACGGCUUGUGUUUUUUUUUGGUGACCGAGUGCUAAGGGUUGCAUCCCACAAAGUCGAAUGCCAAGAUGCCCGCUACUUCUCCCACGUAGUUCCCGGACUCCAUUAACAAUUCCAAGAGCUCUUCUUUGUAGGCUUUACACAUCAAACCUCUCGCCGGAUGAAGAACACGAAGUCGAGCGACACGCCCAUCUCCUCCAUAGAUGUGCCCAAACCUCCAAUCUCCAACUCGGCACCGCCAUCCAUGCUCGUCUCCUCAAACGCACCCUCCUUGUAUGCUCCCUCUUCCUCCAGAACCACCUCCUCAACAUGUACUUCAAGUGCACGCGCGAUCCCUCUCUACCUCUUCGACUGUUUGAUGAAAUGCCCCAGAGAAACAUCGUUUCGUGGUCCGCUGCCAUUGCCGGUCUCGUCCAAUGCAACCGUCCAAGAGAGGCCCUCUCCCUCUUUCAUCAGAUGCGCCGGGCUGGAAUGAGGCCCAAUGAGUUCACCCUCGUGAGCGCGCUAAAUGCCAGCUCGCUUUCUGGCGGGCCAGGUCAUGCUCAACAAUUAUAUGCCCAAGUCAUCCAGCUCGGCUUCGAGUCAAAUGUGUUCUUGGUGAACGCUUUCCUUACGGCGUUGAUUCGAAAUGGGAAAUUGUCAGAGGCGAAGGAGAUGUUUGAGAAAUGUCCAAAUAGGGAUGUGGUUUCUUGGAACUCGAUGAUCGCAGGCUACUUGCAGUUUUCCUACUCAGAGGUGUGGGGGUUUUGGUGUCGGAUUAUUAAGGAAGGGGUUAAUCCGGAUGAAUUCUCGUUUAGUAGUGUUCUUACAGGCUUGGCGGCGACUUCGAGCUUGAGGAGUGGUGUGCAAGUUCAUGCCCAACUUAUUAAGUAUGGUGUUGGAGAUGAUGCAUGCGUGGGGAAUUCAUUGGUGGACAUGUACUUGAAGAACAGAGAUUUGGUUGGUGGUUUCAAAGCAUUCAGUUACAUGCCUCAAAGAGAUGUGGUUGCUUGGACCCAUAUGGCUGCUGGUUGCCUGCACUGCGGAGAACCUGCUAAAGCGCUUGAAAUCACAUAUCAGAUGAAGCUGGUGGGCAUUAUACCGAAUAAAUUCACACUAUCAACAACACUUACUGCAUGUUCUAGCUUGGCUUCUUUGGAAGAAGGGAAGAAGGCACAUGCUUUUAGGAUUAAGCUAGGAGUCGAUAUUGAUGAAUGUGUUGAUAAUGCGCUUAUCGAUAUGUAUGCAAGGUGUGGUUCUAUGGAUUGUGCAUGGGGGGUGUUCCGAUCGAUGAAAGAGCAGUCUGUUAUUACAUGGACCACAAUGAUCAUGGGAUUUGCACAAAAUGGACUUGCUAGGGAAGCUCUGGAAGUCUUUGAUCAGAUGAUUUUAGAGCAUGUGGAGCCAAAUUAUAUUACAUUCAUUUGUGUUUUGUAUGCAUGUAGUCAAGGAGGGUUUAUUGGCGAAGGUUGGAAAUACUUCAACUCCAUGACAUGUGAUUAUAACAUUGACCCUGGUGAAGAUCAUUAUGCAUGCAUGGUAGAUCUCCUUGGAAAAGCAGGGAAAAUUGCAGAAGCUGAAGCUUUGAUAAUGAACAUGCCCUUCCGGCCUGGUGCUUUAGUAUGGCAAACCUUGCUUGGUGCUUGCCGCCUUCACGGUGAUGUGGAGAUAGGCAAGCGAGCAGCAGAGCAGGCGCUUGUUCUGGAGAAGGACCCAUCAACUUAUGUUUUGCUAUCUAACAUGUUUGCAAACACAGACAAUUGGGAUGGGGUAGGACAGAUUCGCGAACUUAUGGAAGAUGGAGAAGUCAAGAAAGUGCCUGGAACUAGUUGGAUUGAGACCGCAUAUGGUAGUAAUUAUCCAAUACUAUCACAGCAUGGAGCUCAAGCAUAGUUCAGAAAAUUUUAGAAAUGCAUUCUUCAGUACUUUUGAUGAUUUAUCCAUUAAAUCAAACAUGAAUUUUUGGCCAACUUGUGGAUCCUGAGAUUACUUCUAAAAGGCUUUUGAUAAGUUCAUGAAUUCAACAGCAGAUAUUGCUAAAAACUCUGAAUCAGUUAUGUACAGAAGAGGUAUUAAUCACAGGGUAAAGCUACAUAGAGCAGAUCAUGUUAUGUGAUCCAUUAUAAAAGGAGAGUAUAUAGAUUUUCCAACUACAUGCAAUUUACAUUAAAUGGAAGAUAUGGGCAAAGGUUCCAAUCACCUCUAUCUGCUGGUUCAAGCAUCUAAUUAGAUCAAGAGAUGACUCUAGUAAAGGAGAGAAGUUGCAGAACAUGUUUAUGGCUGUUAAUUUACAAAAUGAUGGAAAUAAAUGGGAGAAUUGUUGGCAAAACUCUACAAUGAGAAUUGGGAAAUGAUUUCCCACUACAGCUUCACAAUCUCAUUCUCAUUACUCUGUUGCCUUCCCAACUGGAUGAUAUAGAGGAAGAUGUGUCUUCUAUUAAACUGUAAGUGCUUCCACUAGCUAUCCAGAUUGAAUUGUUCUAUCAAAGAUCCCAAUAGUAAUUGUGUUCUUCCUUUUUCACUAUUAAGGUUUUGUUUCCAAUGAUCUUAUCGAGCUGUAUUAAGAUUCUUACAUAGUAAGGCAGUAAAUGAAAGGAAUUUAAUUGAUUUAUUCAUAA